AUGGUUGGAACAGAACAAGGUCGAAUUGUUUUGUGUAAUUGUAAAGGGAAAAAUGAUGCUGAAAAAAUUGCAAAUGUUUUUCUAGGACAUUGUGGUCCUGCUUAUGCACUUCAACGUCAUCCGAAUUUUUCGAAAACUUUUCUAUCUGUUGACAAUUGGACUCAAAAUGAACCAACUUUAUCAAUUCAAGUUGUUGAUGAAUCCCUUCAUUGUUUACGUGUACAAGAACCUCAUGGCCGUCUUGUUGCUUGUGGUUCACAGAAUGGUAUAGUAACAUUAAUUGAAGUAUCGGAUAAUUUAUGUGUACAAGAAAAAAGUGAAAAAGGCUUAAUGAAUGGAGUAAAAUGA